AUGGCUUCGGAGAGAAGAGCGCCGGCGACGACAGGAAAGAAGGACCCCGGCCAGAAGGGCUCGCACGAGACGCGCCUGAUUCAGAACGUACUACGUCUGCGCAAACUGCCUUGUUAUAGGCUGUGCCCUCCUAUAUAUUCCCUUUCUUUAAUCAAGAAAGGGAAUAAACUAAACUCUUUGUUCCCAUUCUGCUCUCCCUUUGCCUGUCUGAAUUACUGUUACAAGUACCGGCUCACCGUUCAGGAGAAGAUGAUGCCUUGUAACCCUUGUCUCAGAAGCUACAUCGUAACUGAGAGGGAUAACCUGACACUCCGACCUCGGUGCUGCCUCCAGUGCUCCGAGUCCCUAGCAGGUCUCCAGGUGGGCAGAAGCACUGAUCAGGGAGACCACGAGCAGCUCAAAGAGCUGUACUCGGCUGGGAACCUGACGGUGCUAGCUAAUGAUUCCCUGCUCCACCAGGACCCAGUACAAUUAGAUUUCCACUUCCGCCUCACCCCUCAGGCUUCUGCCCACUGGCACGGCCUCCUCUGUGACCAUCGGCUCUUCCUGGACAUCCCCUACAGGGCACUGGACCAAGGCAAUCGGGAGAGUUUGACAGCGACACUGGAGUAUGUGGAGGAGAAAACAGAUGUGGACUCAGUGUUUGUGAACUUCCACAAUGCUAGGAAUGACCGAGGUGCCUUGCUUCGGGCCUUCAGCUACAUGGGCUUUGAGGUGGUUAGACCCGACCACCCUGCCCUCCCACCCUGGGACAAUGUCAUCUUCAUGGUAUACCCUCUUGAGAGGGAUUGUGGCCACUUAUCUAGUAAGCCUUCCUAAAUACAGCCAUGCUCCCACUCAAGUGGGGGAACUGGAGGUUAAAUAAUAUGGCUCAGGCCCCAGGCAUAGUGGGAUCCAGAGUCCUAGGUUUUUAGGAUGUGAUUCAGGGUACCUCCUCCCAACCCAGGAAUAAAGGGUAGUAGAAUCAUC